AUGCUAUUUUGGGUUAAAUAUAAUGAAACCCUUACAGCGACAGAAAUAUAUGAGGAGAGAUAUGUAAGACUAUUACCCAAUGAAAUAUUAUCUAUGCGUCACUCUUACUCAAAUGCUAUUACUACAAGACUUAAUCUCAAAUCAUAUUGUGAUAUUGAUGGUAAUAUAAAUCUACCUGAUCACAAGAGGGUAGUUUGCCAGAUAGAAAGCUUACAUCAGAUUACUAAUAAUUAUAAAUGCGAAAAGUUAUAUAAAUUAUUCCAAGAGGUGAGGCAUAUUAUUGUUAUAGAUAAUGACCUAACUGACCUCAAUAUUGAAUGGAUUAAAACCCUUUGCAAGGCUGAAUUUUGGGAUUGGGCUAAGAAAAUGACUUCAUUACCUAUUGAGAAUUGGAAAAGUGCUUCACUUAUCUGCUAUCUCAGAAAGGAUGUACAAGGAAUUGUUUGUGCUCUUAAGACUGAUUUUUCAGAACUACGAAUCAAGGAAUAUCAUGGUGAAUUAGAUCUUGAGGAAAAGGCUCGCGAUUUUAACAAUGUAGAAGUAUCAUGGAAAGACUUAGACCUAAUUGCUUAUACUAGCACUUUAAAAAUAGGAGUAUCAUAUACCAAUCCUAAGUUUGAGCAGAAUUCUGUCUUUUUAAUAGCUUUAUAG